AUGUCGAGCAAGAAUACUGGUGCAUUGAGGUCACUGUCGACCCAAAGAGUCAAUCGUCCUCCUGUCUACAUCGCUUCAAAAGGCCCAAUUUCACUCUAUAUACGGCGUAAAUCAACUACCUCAUCUUCCCCUUCCCCUUCCACUUCUUAUUCUGCUUCAGCUUCCACUCCUGCUCCUCCUUCCGAUAGCUUGACAACACCGACAGGGUCAUCGGCGGUCACUCAAACUGAUUCCGCAGAAACUUCAAAGCGAUCCAUCUUUUCUCGAAUAUCAGCCAAUUUAUCGUUGAAGCCAGUAGGAGAAACUCACACUAAAGAAGGAGAAGAAGAGAAUCAUGGAUCAAGCAGUGUGAAGAAGCUGUUGGAAUUGGCCAAACCAGAAUCUAGAAGUUUAGGUAUUGCCGUUGGAUUGUUGUUGAUCUCUAGUUCGGUCUCAAUGCUUGUCCCCUUGACUAUUGGAAAAUUGAUUGAUUUCUUCUCUUCGAACCAGGCUCAAUUCCUAGGAUUAUCGUUUCCUGUAGCUGCUGGAUUGUUAGCUGUGACUUUCUGUAUAGGAGCAACCGCGAAUGCUGCUCGUGCCAUCAUCAUGCGAACAUGUGGUCAACGAAUUAUCGCUCGAGUCAGGAACCAAGCCUAUCUCUCUACGUUACGUCAAGAACCUGAAUUUGCGGAUAGAUCAGCGGGCGAUAUCGUUUCUCGUUUGAGCGUAGAUACGAAUAUAUUGGGAGAUAGUGUGACUUCGAAUCUAUCUGAUGGGUUGAGGGCUCUGAUUUCAGCGACCGUUGGGGUAGCAGCUAUGUUUUGGAUUUCAGCGAAAUUGACUCUGGUUAUGCUUUGCGUUGUGCCACCUGUAUCGCUUGGUGCUGUAUUUUACGGCAGAUACCUAAGAAAAUUGUCAAAUCUCACCCAAGAAGCUGUUGGAGAGAUGUCGAAGACAGCCGAAGAGAAACUGAACGCAUUUAAGACAGUCGCUGCAUACAACUCUCAGCCUCUUGAAGCUACACUAUUCUCGAAGAAGGUCGAUCAGGUUUUCCAAUUAGCGAAAAAAGAAGCUUAUAUGACUGGUAUAUUUUGGGGCGCAAGCGGAUUGACUGGAAAUUUGGCUAUGCUGUGUCUACUUGGAUACGGCGGUCAUUUGGUUUCUAUUCAUGAGAUCACUGUUGGUGAUUUAACAUCACUCCUGAUGUAUAGCGCUUAUGUCGGUGGAUCUGUAUCUGGUAUGACCGGCUUCUUCACAGGAUUGAUGCGAGGUGUCGGAGCCGGCUCUCGUGUUUUCUGGCUCCUUGAUCGAACAUCACACAUUCCCCUGAACAAAGGUAUCAAGCUCGACCACUCGCGGAAUGGUCCUAUAUGCUUUGAAAAUGUGCGAUUCAGGUAUCCUUCAAGGAAAGAAGUUGAAGUACUGAAAGGAAUGAGCAUGACCAUUGAACCUGGCACAAGUGUUGCCUUAGUGGGCUCAAGUGGUAGUGGCAAAACCUCGGUACAGCAGUUGCUCAGCAGAUUUUAUGAUCCCGAUGAGGGAAAAGUCACUUUCGACGGUACUGACAUCCGAGAAUUUGCUCCCGAAUCAUGGCGUGAUCGUAUAGGUGUUGUUUUCCAGGAUCCCAUCCUUUUUGCUGGGACAGUUCAUGAGAAUAUAGCAUAUGGGUCCUCAAACGCUACACGGGAGGAUGUUGAAGAGGCCGCCAAAUCCGCAAAUUGCGAUUUCAUAUGGGAUCUACCGCAAGGCUUCGAUACUCUGAUUGGAAAAGCAAGUUUGAGUGGUGGACAACGGCAAAGAAUUAGCAUCGCUCGGGCCUUAGUCAGAAAUCCUUCGAUCUUGCUGCUGGACGAAGCAACCUCUGCUCUUGAUUCGAAAUCCGAAAAUGCAGUAAAUGCGGCUAUAGACGACAUCAUUCGUCAAAAGAAUAUCACCGUUAUUCUGGCCGCUCAUCGACUAUCGUCCAUCGCUCGAGCUGGUAGAGUCGUCGUAUUGGAAAAUGGUGUUGUAUCGGAGUCAGGACGAUAUGAUGUAUUAUCGAGAAAAGAAGGAAGUAGAUUCAGGACUCUGAUGGCGGCUCAAUUGCUCGUGGAGAAAUCAUCGGUACACAAUGACCAACCUGAACCGGAAAAGGGAGUGGAGGGUGAAAAUGUCCAAGAAAAGGAGAGUCAAGUAUCAUCACAAACAUAA